CGAUCUCUCGGCAGUAGCGUUAAGACAGUCCGAGAGAAUGGCUCGCGACGAACGUUUCACCGGCGUUUCGUGUUUGGCCCUGAUCAUCCUCUUUCUUUUCGUGCCAUCUUACUAUGCUCUCUCCAAGAACGAUCUCUACCCUUACAAUGUUCCAGGAGCGAAUGCACUCGAAUACGACGCCAAUGGGAUUCUCCAAUCUAUCGAAGCAAUUCUCAAAACACCUAUUGUUUUUUACGAUAAAGUCUACAAUAACAUAUUCGUAAAUGCAAACGGAGUCCUAUCUUUUGCACGGGCAAUGCAAAGGUUCUUUAACAUUGCCUUCCCAUUGGAUGAUCCGGUGAUCGCACCACUCUACACCCACGUCGAUACGAGAGCAUCAGGAAUGAUUUAUUGGGCUGAGACGGAUUCCCCGGAGGUUAUUGCGAGAGCAGGUGGAAUGAUACGAAGCACGUUCAAGGAUGCGCUUGAUUUCGAGCCGACCCACGUCUUUUUGGCAACUUGGUUAGAUGUUGGUUAUUAUAACGAAAAAAGCGAUAAGGUGAAUACUUAUCAAGUAGCCAUCUCUUCGAAUGGCACACAUUCUUUCGUUGAAUUAUUAUAUCCAGAAAAUGGAAUACAAUGGAUACAAGCAGAGUCACAUCCUAAUGGAUUACCAGAUGCCAAGGCUCAGGCAGGUUUUAUGAGCGAAGGUCGAAUAACAACAUUACAAGGUUCAGGCACUGAUCAGAUUCAAAAUGUAGAUAAAUGGUCAAAUAUUAACAGACCUGGUCACUGGGCUUUUCAAGUAGGACCAAUUGAUGAAGGUGAAGAUGUCAAGCCUCCUGAUAGUAUAGAAGAUACCACAAGUGGUAGUCGAAUAAUGAGUUGCAGAACCGGUGCCACGACUUGUCACAGUAAAGCAACUUGUAUUGACUAUGAGGUUGGCUUUUGUUGCAGCUGUAAACAAGGAUUCUUUGGAAAUGGAAAAUCUUGUCAACCAAAUGACGUUCCUCUUCGCGUCAUUGGUCGUAUUUCCGGUAAGAUCAAUGAAAUUGAAUUUCCGUCGAGGGAUCUUCAAUGCUACGUACAAACCAAAGAUGGAAGGACAUACACUGCUUUAUCGAGGGUACCAGAAGAGAUAGGCUCAAGUUUUCAACUUUUGAGUAAUCUCGGUGGUGUUAUUGGUUGGCUAUUUGCAAAACCAAUUAGUGAAACUAAAAAUGGAUACGAACUUACAGGUGGUCUAUUCAAUCACACAGCUGAUCUUCUUUUUACGUCCACUAACGACAGAGUGACCAUACGAAAUAAUUAUCAGGGAUUAGAUGUCUUCGGACAAUUGAAAAUGGAAGCAGAAAUAACCGGAAAAUUACCAUAUUUAGAACCAGACACAAAAGUCGAAUGCGGAGAUCACGAUGAAGUUUAUACAAGAUCGGAACCUGGAUUAUUGCGUUCUCAAAGUGAAAGAACUUGCAAACUGAUGAGUGGAUAUGGUGAACGUGAAUUGACUUUCAUGCAGGAUCAAACAAUCGUUUAUAACGAAUGUCCAUAUGCCGAAAAUGAUUUAGAAGAAGAUUCGUCUAGGUUAAAAUUCCAUAGGGGUGUAACAACUUAUGAAGCAAGGGAAGGAAUUAUUAGAUUUGCUGUUAAUACAAAGAUCGCACCUUUAGAAGAGGAAGAUCCAUGUAUACAAGGUAAAGAAACAUGUGGAGAGCACAGUUCUUGUGUCGUUGAUGAGGACAGCUUUAAAUGUGUUUGCAAUCCUGGAUAUCAGUACCUUUACGAAGAAGAUGGUAGCGCCAUUUGCGUGGACGUCAAUGAAUGCACUGCUGGUAAUCACAUGUGUUCUCCCGAUGCUCAGUGUAUCAAUCAAGAAGGAAGUCACUCUUGUCAUUGCCGACCUGGUUUUUCAGGAGAUGGACGAAUUUGCGAAAAACUUCCUUCUUGUGAAGAUAUUCGUUGCCAAACUUACGAGGUGUGUAUAAUAAUAGAAAAUACACCGACUUGUAUUUGUUCUCCUGGCUUUGAUCAAUCUGAUCAAGGCUGUUUCCCCAUUAAACAUGUCUCUUGUGAUAUCGAGAAUAAUUGUUCGCCCAAUGGCAUGUGCAGUUUCGAUGGAGAUAAACAAAAGCACGUCUGUAUUUGCUCAGCUGGUUAUAUCGGAGAUGGAUACACUUGUUAUUCUGAAAAUGAUACGAUAACGGAAGAUACACUGCAACCGCAAUGUUCAAACGACUCUUGCUGGUGUCCAUCAGGAUGGAAAUUACAAGAUGACAUAUGCAUCAGAGAAGAGGACGGUUAUACAACUGUUGACUAUAUACGAGAUUUAUCGGCACGUCCACUUCCGGAAUGUUUCGAAGAUGACUGCAUAUGUCCAUGGGGAUACAAUUAUGGUCUUCCAGAGAAGAUUUGUAUUCCUAUCCCAGGGUUCAACCACAAUACAAUGGGUCCAACUGGAUUUCACCCAUCAUGCAACGUGGUGAAUAGAUGCCAUCCUUACGCUCAGUGCGUCUACGUACCAAUCACUGGUGAUUAUGAGUGUCGUUGCAAUACUGGAUACGAUGGUGACGGUAUAGAAUGCACGAAGAGAGAGGUGUCCUGUAUGGAUGUCGACACAUGUGAUCCAAAUGCUUCAUGCCAAUACGAGGAACCCAUCGCAAAAUGCAUCUGCAAUCCUGGAUUCGAAGGCGACGGAACAACCUGCAGUCCUAUUGACGAAUGCAACGAUAAUUCGGAUUGUAUGAAGAACGAGAGAUGUACGUACAAUCCAACGAGUUCUCGUUACGAGUGCACCUGCAAUCCAGGUUUCAGUAUGGUAGACGGUCAGUGUGUAGUUGCGGAUUGUUCGACGAAUCCAUCGCAAUGCCACGUUAACGCUCAAUGUGUUUCCACUGGUGAUGGCGGCUUCAAAUGUUCUUGCAUCGAUGGAUAUCACGGUGAUGGUGUACGACAGUGCAUCGAAGAUCACAUCGGUUGUAAUGUUAUAUUCAAUUGCGGAAAAUUUGCAGCAUGUGGUUAUAACCAAACGACGACAAAUUACGUUUGCAUCUGUCAGAAGGGUUAUUACGGAGAUGGUUUCACCUGUUUACCACAGUCGUCCUGUAAACGAGACCCAAGUCUCUGUUCUCCAAAUGCUAGCUGUGUACCAGCAGGAGACAAUAAUUUUGCAUGCGUUUGCAACGAUGGUUAUACUGGUGAUGGUACUAACUGUCGAACAAGACCCAAACACGACGCAAAUUUCCUUUUGGUUAACCAAGGAAUGGCAACUUUGAGGAUACCAUUUGUACCGACUCCAGAUAAUUUAGGAAGUCCGAUACACAUAGCAUACACUCAGAUGUCUAUUGCAGUGGAUAUUGAUUGUUCUAGUGGAAAAGCUUAUUCCAGCGAUAUAACUGGUAACAGAAUACUCGAGUUGAGUUAUAACGGUUCGAUUGCCGACGUAUUCAUCGAUAAGGUCAGUAGUCCCGAGGGAUUGUCGGUCGAUUGGGUUUCAAGAAAUAUUUUUUGGACUGAUUCCGGAAAAGCCACCGUCGAAGUGGCCAGUCUUGAAACGAAGAAACGUAAAGUCCUUGUCUCGGAUGGAUUGGUUAAUCCUCGGGGAAUCGCCGUACACCCGUAUCGAGGUAAAAUAUUCUGGUCCGAUUGGAACCGAGCCUCGCCAAAGUUGGAAUGGGCUAAUGAAGACGGUACAGGCAGAGAGAUCUUUCUUCAAGGAGAUUACGUUAAGUUACCAAAUUCAUUAAGUAUCGAUUGGUCGUCUGAUGAACUUUGUUGGGCCGACGCUGGAACUUUCACGAUAACUUGCUUCGAUAUCGAUAAGAAAAUAGUGAACGUCGUUGCGAAGGACUUGAUUUAUCCCUUUGGCUUGGCAAUCUCUCAGAAUCAUUAUUAUUGGACCGAUUGGAAGACACACAAAAUUGAACGAGCUUUGAAGAGCAAACAAGAAAUACAACCUGCAUUAUCGAUUCCACCUGGUGGAAAUGGCAAACUAUAUGGAAUUGCUGUAGUUCCAGAGACGUGUCCCAGAGUAACGAACGUCUGCCAAUAUGCAAAUGGAAGGUGCAACAAAGAUCAAUUAUGUUUGCCCGAUGGACAAGGUGGUAGGACGUGUGCUUGUGCUGACGAUGCUACAGAACCUUGCACGGAUUCUAAUAAUUCUUCGUAGUAGUAUUCUCGAAAGAAAAAUAACAAAAAGAGAGAGAGAGAGAGAGAGAAUAAGGAAGAAGAAAAAGAAGAAGAAGAAGAAGAAGAAGAAAAAAAAAGAAGAAGAAGAUGUGAGAAAACGAAUCCUAAUAUUCGAUGAUAACGAAGCUAGGAUAGCAUCUGAAAAGUUCGUGAGAGAAAAAAGACGUUUCAGACACAAAAAAAAAAAAAAGAGAAAAAAA